AUCUUUAUCUGGUCAUUUUGUGUUUAGUUCUCAAGCCUUUUUUAUUUGGACUAUCUAUGAUCUUUGAAAAGAAAUAUGGAUUCUCACACAUCCAGGACACAAGCUUCUUUACACAAGACUUUGUUGGAGUAUUCUGCCCGUACUCAAAGGCUCAAUGAACAGACCAUCUCUUAUCUGCACCAGUUGACUAAGGACAAUGAACACCUUCGCAAAGCCAAUGAGCACCUUCGCAAAGCCAAUGAGCAGUUGGAAAGGCAACUACAAGACAUGACUAUCGACUGUCAUUACCAUGGAAGAUGUGCACUGUCAACUCUAAGCCUGGAAGCAAAAGAACCAAACUCUUCCUUGGUGCCUACAACACCUGCCCCAUCUGUUCCUAUUCCAUCAUCUACCAUCACAUCGGGUAGUCGUGCUAAGCCCCCGUUUGAUAUAGUGGUUUUGGGAUGUACGCCAAGAAAAUGGCACCUUAUGCUAAUGAUGAGAGGGUGCUCAUUCAUUAGCUUGCAGAUAAUUACCAAGAAGAGUAAUGAGACCUUCAAGGAAUUUGCUCAACGAUGGAGAUCCAAAGCAGCUAAGCUUCAAUUGCAAUACACUUCGGCCUUUAAGCCUACCACCUAUCCUCAGAAGAGGCCAAACUUUAAUACUCAAGCUUUGACUAAGCAACAAUUCCCAUCGACUAAUAGGGCAAGGCAAUUCACCAAGCUUCCAAUCCCUUACAAUGAGUAUAAAAUUCAAGAUCUCAUCGACGAGGGUAAACUUCAGCUUGAUGCUAAAGAAGUCGAGAGCACUCCGAACAUCACUCGAAAUCCUUUACCACUUCACGAUGUAGGCACAAUGAAUAUGGUCGCCCUUGAUGAAGUUGAAAAGCUCGUGUUGGAGAAUGCCAGUUUUUGGUCUCUUGAUGAAUUGUUUGCCAUUUUGAUAAAGUAUGAUUUGAUUCAACCGAUUGUGCAAAUGAGCUUGAAUGUUUCACGUGUGACGAUUGAUGAUGCCUUGUUUAAGGAAGUAGCUGUGGAUGAUAUUAUUGAUGAAGUCUAUUCUGAUCAUGAGGAAGACUAUUUUGGCUUCAACAACCUCUUUGGGCCAGCCAACAUGACAGAUUCUAGGGAAAGGUGGAAGAGGAUGCUCGUUGAAAGGGCAUCCAUAGAGAACCACCCCAGCUUCCAUCUUGUUCAUCAUGUGAAAGCUCCAAUGGGUUCACAUGAGUCUAUGCUUCUUGGAAUAAGGGAAGAAGAAUCACUAUGCGACUCAUGGAGAAAUUUGACUAUAAAUGCUUUAGAUGAGGAAGAAUUGGAAUUUAAUAGGGGAGUUUCACUAAUCAAUGGAAGCUUUCAAGCUAAUUGAACAGCGAAACUUCACCUUGUAGCUUUCAUCUCUGAGUAAAAGGAGUCAGCCUCUAGUAGUUUUGCUUGUGACUAUGUGAAGGGAGGGAUUCCACAAGCACCUUUAUAUUUUCUAAAAUUUAUGUUAUCAUACUUCUAGUAUUCCCAUGCUUUCCUUUUCAAUGAAACAUGUUGCAAUCC